GCACUGAAUCACGAUUGGAGAUGGAAUAAUAAUCGUAUGUUUAUUUUCUCUUCGCUUCGAGGGAAAUGCGUUUCAAUACAGACGACCUAGAUUAUAUUUGUUGUGUUUUCCGACCCACAGCCAAACAAAUGCAAUCAUCAUGCGAUUCGGAGACAAAAUGCCCAGCUCUUGGCUGGAUUUGAUGGCGACGGCGCCGAGCUUUUGCGCAGUGAGUGCAGCAGCGGGCGGGAGGCUCACGUUCCGCAUCAGAUCGAUACCUGCCAUGCACGAAGGCGACACAUCAGAAUUCCCGUGCUCUCCAGUUGUUUGGAAGUCUGUUGUUGGGCUCCCUCAUCCCAUGCGACGGACAAUCAUCCAAUGCCACAACAUUAGGGAAGUGGGAAAAACGACGAAGAGAACAAACACCAUCAGGAUAUACAGUAUACGACAUGCCAAGUCCGUCCAGCCAGUCCGCUGUACGCCACCGCGGAGGAAAUCACGCAAGGUCUACCGUAACGACCGCCACGCCGACAGCAGUGCCAAGAAGGAAGACAUUUCCAAUUCCAAGAUGCCAACCAAACUGUGGCGUUACAUUAUUCACAAGGGGAGACCUUGGUAUACUAAUGAAUGUUCAGGCGAAUGUCUCACAGGGCCCUCCGUCUUGCCGCACUUCUCCCGCGUGUUGAAAUGGAAGACCUUGGUACGCUAAGAAAUGACCAGGCAAAUGUCUUAUGCAGAGUCGCACUUCUCUCCAGUGUAAUAACUAUAA